GGAGAGAGUGAUAGCGACGAGUUAUUAACGGAUCAUAAUUAGCGGGCAGACAUUAAAAUUCGUUAGUUUGAUUAGCAGCAUCUUUCAAUUGUUUGCUAUUUGCUGUGACAAUUUACGAAAUAUUAAAAACUUCUUAAUUGUGAAAGAAAAUGCUAGGGAAAGCGACACAAAUUUGACUUAAGAAAAUUAAUUAACAACGCUAUUGUAGCAAGUUUGUUUUCUAUAAAUAUUGUGCAGCUGGACAGGACAUAAAUUUCAACGAGUACGAACAUGAAUACUGAAAAAACUAAUUUAUCUUUGAUAUGCAAGCGUAAAUGCAUCAUAUUUUCCAAAUAUGUGGUUAAAGUCACAACAACUUUUACGUUUUUCCAAACAGAAAAACUGAAAUCUUUGUACAAAAUUGUUUGCGUUUGCGCCCCUGUUCAAGCGCGCCAAACCAACGGCUGGUGCAAACCGUCUAACCAACCACCAUCAGGCACAAGGAAGGAAAUCAAGCGUCAAAAUACAAAGAAAUGCUGUGUAGCAGCUAACACAACAACAACAGCUUUAAGCAAGGAUAGCUGACUCAAGCACCAACGACAAAUGACAACAAACCAAGCUGCGUCGCACAACAGCGUCAUUAUCGAUUUUUGCCCGACUGCCUGGCCGGUUCACUGUGUUGUUUGUUGUUUGCCGACUUGGUACGCGGAAAGGAUGAAAAUGAUAAAAGCAGGAAGUAGCAAAACAGCAAGGAAAUUGGAUUUUCUCAUACACCAGGCAUAAAUGUGAAUGCAAAUUGGAAGAUUGGUAGCAAAAAAUAUAUAUUCACAAAUUAUUACAAUAACAGUAACAAAAAGCGUGAUGGAGACAGCAGCCAAAGUUACGCAUAUAAAUGGAGUAAUAAAUGUUAUACUUUGUACAAAAUAAUGGGUUGAAGCGUUGUGCAAAGGCACGAGUCGUUGAACAGGGCGGGGCAAUUGCGUGCACAUACACAGCGGUGGGUGGUUGGGUUGGCAACGAUGUUGGUAGAACACACACGCAUGCGAUAACAUAUAACAGCAAACAUAUAAAAUGCACACAAUUGGAGUGGCACAAUAAAAAGUGGUUGGGUGGCGACGCUGAGACACUUGAAACAGUACUUGUAGCUGAGUAGAAGCUGAAGUAGUUGGUUGUUAUUUUUUUAUAUCGCAGUUGAGCAGUUGCAAGCUACCACUGAGACAGCAGGAUUUGUUAGUAUGCAUAACAUUGUUGAUACGGCCGGAAUGCAAAGAAGGGGGCUAGACACGUCUAUGUGCAUGUAUGUAUAUGUAUGUUUGCACAAAUAUAAACUACAUGUAUUGCUACACAUUUCUUUUAAUUUCCACAAAAACUUUAGCAAUAUUCUUUUAUAUAUGCACAUAUAUAUAUUACAAUAAUUGUGCUAUAAAAACCAAUUACACUAUUCAGCGCCACAAAAGGAUGCAUUAAAAUUCACAAUUCCAAUUUAAAAAACCGAUACGCUUCGUACACAUGAAAACAAACCUUUCGCACACAACCAACGAACGUGAAUGCGGGGAAAUUCAAAAGAAAUGUGGCGCAAGGAAAAUCAAAUACAUUUCCUAUAAGGGUUGCCAGUGCACAAUGUGCUUUAAAAAGUGCAGCUAUCUUAACAUUGGUUGAUAGUAAUGUCGCUGUUAUGUAAACUUGAAACUUUUAUUUAUUAUUAGUAAACUUACUCAAUAAAUAUCCAACAAAGCAAAUAGCAUUUGCCUGAUUUAUAGCAGAAAAAUAAGUUUGUUUACAAAAACAGAGCUUCACUUUGGCAGCUCUAAUCAAAUUUGUUUACAUUAAUUGUAGCUGUUCUGAAAAGUAACGAGUAAUUUCAAAUGGCGCAGCAGUGUUGCAUGCAUAUAUCACUUUAGUAUUGCAAUUUUUAGUAGUAUUUUUUUCGUUUUAUUAAAUUUAAAUACUUGAGAGCUUUAUGUACUAAUAUUUCACGUAAUACACAAUAAUUUAUCAGUUAAAACUAUGCUAUUAAAAUAGUUUCAUAUACACAUUUCGCAAAAUCAAUAUAAUCGGCUUAAUUUUUUGUCGCAGUGUACAAAUUCGUAUCUACUUCGCUAUUUAUCUAUAUAGCCUUUUUGUUUACUUCGUUGUUUAUUCGUUUUCUUUCAACCAGCUGAUAGUUUAGUGUCAUUAUAAAAUUUACAUACAAAAGGUUUGAAAUAAAUUAUUUUGAGAGUGCUAUUACACAUAAAAGGCGUAAAGGCAUGGCUGACUACGAAUUGAUGAACGAGCCAUCACAAUCGCAGUCAUGGUGGCGUAUAGCAGCAUUAAUGGCUCUCUAUAUGCUGACCACUAUAUUGGUAUUUCUUGUGUGGAGCUCGGCUUACGAUAAUAUAUAUUAUCCGCCCGAUGUGCAAGCUGUUCCCGAUUUCUGGUAUCGUCGCGCCAACUUGUAUGCCAAUAGCGUACAUGAGAGUACACUUUCGCAUGACUUUCGUUUGGUCAAAAAUCAAUCAGUGCGUGUAAAAUUGCAAAAUCCUGAUAGCGGACUAAAUGGCUUGAGUGCGCAACAAAAAGUGAAACCUAGUGCACCACAGUUAGUAAAAAAUGCACCACCCACUAUGAGUACAACACCAGAAGUGCGUUUAGUGUGCUAUUAUUCAGUACCCGAUCCAGAAAAUGAAUUUGACUUACGUUUGGCCAAUGUCAAUGCCGAACUUUGUACUCACAUCAAUGUGGGCAUGGUUAGUGUUAGUGCGAGUAAUGGUCAGUUGGUUAUAACUGAAAAUUUGCGACGCAUAUUAGCACAAGAUGUGCUGGUGUUACGCACAAUAAAUCCAGCUUUAAAGCUAUUGCUGUGGAUAGGUGGUGGCGCAAAUAGUGAUGGCUUUCCGGCAAUGGUAAAAAAUCAUACUACACGCAAAAUGUUCUUGCACUCUGUCAAACAAACGUUGGCUAUGUAUAAGCUAGACGGCAUUGAUUUGGAUUGGGAAUUUCCCAGCGCCUACAAUAAAGAACGCCAACAUUUUUCGCAAUUAAUAUAUGAAAUACGUCAGGAGUAUAGGCGUGAACGACGUGAUUACUUACUGACCGUAGCGGCAGCUGCACCGGAGGGCAUUGCAUUUUUCGCUUAUGAUGUGCAAAUGUUAAAUCAGUACGUGGACUACGUGAGUCUAAUGACAUACGAUUAUCAUUUCUACUCGCACGGUACACCUUUUACAGGUUUAAAUGCACCGUUAUAUGCACGCCCAAAUGAGCGUUCGUUACUCGGCACAUUGAAUAUCAAUUAUUCGGUCAACUGGUGGCUCUCCAAUGGUUUGGAUCGCAAAAAAUUGGUCGUUGGCUUACCCACCUAUGGACAUUCAUUUACUUUGAUGAGCUCUCUGAACAAUGGCAUUGGUGCACCAGCUAAAGACCUAGGACAUUGUGGUAGUUUGGGUUUCACUUCCUAUUCAGAACUUUGCUGGUUCAACACGCAUAACUUAGUAGUCCAUGAAACAUAUGAUAAAUCAACUUGUUCACCCUAUCUUAGUAGUGGCACAGAAUGGAUUUCAUACGAAAACGAGACUAGUAUUGCCUGUAAAGCACUAUAUGUGAAGGCACAUCAACUUGGUGGCGUUAUGAUAUUCUCUUUAAAUACAGAUGAUGUGAAGAGUUAUUGUCCUCGCGCUUAUAAGACCAAAUUUCCACUUGUGGAAACUGUGAAAUCCAUUAUAUUUAGCAAAAGCUGAAUAAUUGGUGGUGGAAGGUGGGUCUGUGAAAAUUUGUUAUGCAACGUGAUAUGAAAUUCCAAAGAGCACACAUAUGCUUGCAGCCCAAGAGGCGCAUCAACGCCUAAUUUGUUAGAUAUUAAGAAAGUUAUAAAGUAUAAGUAGUUCUAAAUUAGCAAAUUUAAGAUGUUUUAAAUAGCGAAAUAUGCAUUAUGCCGGAUUUUAUUUAAUUUUCAAAUAAAUAUACAUGUGAAGUUAAGCAUAA